ACCAGACAUCGGGAUACAGACAACAACAGUGACAGAUCGAGACCGCAUUUCUGUUUGCAAACCAGCUAUGGGUGUAGUCUGAAACAAGUGGAUACAGUAGCGCACCGCAAUAUACCUCGAAGUUUUAGCCUCAUGAAGGAGCUCCGUCCUGGCUGAGUUUGGGAGAUGGGAGUACAUAACAUUGCAGACCAGCCUCCUCUGGUCCAGGCCAUCUUCAACCGUAAUGCUGAAGAAGUUCAACUAUUAUUGCACAAAAAGGAGGAUGUCAAUGCACUGGACCAAGAGCGCCGCACUCCACUUCAUGCUGCUGCCUGUGUGGGUGACGUCCAUAUAUUGGACCUCCUCAUUGAAUCAGGUGCCACUGUAAAUGCUAAAGACCAUGUAUGGUUGACCCCGUUGCACAGGGCGGCUGCUUCCAGGAAUGAGAGGGCAGUGGGUCUGCUGCUGAGGCGCGGAGCGGAGGCAAAUGCACGAGACAAGUUCUGGCAGACACCGCUGCAUGUGGCUACUGCCAACCGGGCCACUCGCUGCGCAGAGGCCCUGCUGACCCAGCUGAGCAACCUGAACAUGGCAGAUCGCACUGGCAGAACUGCCCUGCACCAUGCAGCUCAGAGUGGGUUCCAGGAGAUGGUGAAGCUGCUGCUGAACAAAGGGGCCAACCUGAGUGCCAUCGAUAAGAAGGAAAGACAGCCUAUCCAUUGUGCUGCUUACUUGGGGCAUUCAGAGAUUGUGAAGUUGCUGGUGUCCCGCAGUGCAGACAAGAACUGCAAGGAUAAGCAGGGCUACACACCUCUCCAUGCUGCAGCUGCAAGUGGUCACCUCGAAAUUGUAAAGUACCUACUGAGGAUGGGGACAGAGAUUGAUGAGCCCAAUAGCUUUGGAAACACUGCGCUCCACGUGGCUUGCUACACGGGACAGGAGGCUGUGGCUACCGAGCUGGUGAACAACGGAGCUAAUGUUAACCAGCCCAACAAGUGCGGCUACACCCCUCUGCACCUGGCCGCUGUCUCCACCAACGGUGCCCUCUGUCUGGAGUUGCUGGUCAACAAUGGGGCAGAUGUCAACCAGCAGAGCAAAGAAGGGAAGAGCCCCCUGCACAUGGCAGCCAUUCAUGGACGCUUCACACGCUCUCAGAUCCUCAUCCAGAACGGUGGGGAAAUUGAUUGUGUGGAUAAGUUUGGCAAUACUCCUCUCCACGUUGCUGCUAAGUACGGCCAUGAACUGCUGAUCAGCACGCUCAUGACCAACGGAGCGGACACGGCCAGGCGUGGAAUAAAUGGAAUGUUUCCCUUGCACUUAGCGGUGCUGUACGGGUUUUCAGACUGUUGUCGCAAGUUACUCUCCUCAGGUCAGCUGUACAGUAUAGUUUCAUCCAUGAGUAAGGAGCACGUACUUUCGGCUGGGUUUGACAUAAACACCCCUGACAACUUUGGGAGGACCUGUCUACACGCUGCUGCCUCUGGAGGAAAUGUUGAAUGUCUGAACUUGCUCUUAAGUAGCGGUACCGACUUGAAUAAGAGGGACAUAAUGGGAAGGACUCCGUUGCACUAUGCGGCUGCUAAUGGGAGGUACCAGUGCACUGUGACCCUGGUGAGCGCUGGCGCUGAGGUCAACGAGCCUGACCAGACAGGCUGUACUCCCCUGCACUACUCUGCCGCCUCCCAAGCCUUCAGCAGGUUGGACAACGUUUCCCUCUCCUUCUGCGUCAAACUAGUUGAUCGUCAUUUUUCUGGGAACCAUCAGAAUGAUGAGGAUGAGGCAAAGGAGUCGUACUUCUGCUUGGAGCAUCUUUUGGACAACGGUGCUGAUCCAUCGAUGGUCAACUCAAAGGGUUACAGCGCUGUUCACUAUGCAGCUUAUCAUGGCAACAAACAGAACCUGGAGCUGCUCCUGGAGAUGUCCUUUAAUGCACUAGGAGACAUAGAGAGCAGUAUUCCAGUCAGUCCUCUGCAUCUUGCUGCUGAUAAGGGCCACUGGCAGGCGCUGCGUGUGCUGACGGAGACCGCGGCCUAUGUGGACAUGCAGGAUGCCGCAGGGCGUUCUGUGCUCUACUUGGCUGCCCAGAAAGGCUACGCCCGCUGUGUGGAGGUGCUGUUAGCUCAGGGGGCCUCCUGUCUCCUCAAUGACAACCGCCUCAUGUGGACUCCAAUUCAUGUUGCAGCUUCCAACGGUCACUCGGAUUGCCUGCGCAUGAUGAUUGACUAUGGGGAGGAGGGAGAUCUCACCAAUGUCGCAGACAAAUUCGGCCAGACCCCUUUGAUGCUAGCUGUUCUGGGAGGUCACACUGACUGUGUCCACUUCCUGUUGGAGAAGGGUGCCUUGCCAGAUGCCAAGGACAAGAGGAGCAGCACAUCUUUGCACAGAGGGGCGGUGUUGGGCCAUGAUGACUGUGUGACAGCCCUGCUGGAGCACAAAGCAUCUGCACUGUGUCGGGACGUUCAGGGUAGGACACCGCUGCACUACGCUGCAUCCAGAGGCCAUACGGAGAUCCUGGCCAGUCUGGUGCAGGCCGCCAUGGCCACAGACCAACAAGAUAAACUGCUGGACAACAAACAAUACACCCCAUUGCACUGGGCUGCUUACAAAGGGCAUGAAGACUGUUUGGAGGUUUUACUUGAAUUUAAAACAUUUGUCCAUGACGAGGGAAACCCUUUCACCCCCCUGCACUGUGCUCUGAUGAAUGGCCACAGCGGUGCUGCAGAGAGGCUGCUGGAGUCUGCUGGGGUCCACAUGAUUAACACCAGAGAUGCAAAAGGAAGGACCCCACUGCAUGCUGCUGCAUUUGCUGAGGAUGUCGCGGGACUUCAGCUGGUACUCCGCCAUGGGACAGAGAUCAACGCAGUGGACAACAGUGGAUGCUCUGCUCUGAUGGUAGCUGCUGACAAGGGACACAGUGGCACUGUGGCCAUCCUUCUUCACCGGGCCAAGGCUGACCUGACGCUGCUGGAUGAGAACAACAACACUGCCCUGCACCUGGCCUGCAGCAAGGCCCAUGAGAUGUGUGCCCUGCUGAUUCUGGGGGAAAUCCACAGUCCCACACUUAUAAAUGCCACCAACAGCGCUCUGCAAAUGCCCCUCCAUCUUGCAGCACGUAAUGGCCUGGCUACGGUGGUGCAGGCACUGCUGAGUAGAGGAGCCACUGUGCUGGCUGUGGAUGAGGAAGGCCAUACCCCGGCCCUGGCCUGUGCUCCCAACAAGGACGUGGCUGACUGCCUGGCUCUGAUCCUCUCUACCAUGAAGCCUUUCCCCCAGCGGGACCCUUCCUCCUGCUCCUGCCCUUCUCCCACCGUCUCCCCCUCCACGGGUCUCAACUUGCUGAAGCACUGCGGCAUCACCGCCGCCUGCGCCCCCUUGCCCAGCAACGGCCUCCACAACGGCUACGUCAAAGACCGUCACGGUGCACCGGUUGGCCUGGACGGGUGUCUGUCUGAGUGAGGUCACGUGGCCCCCCUCAGUCAGCUGCUAUCACCAUCAUCACCACCAGGGAGGGGGGGCGGGGGGGGGGGACUCCCUUUAACAUGGCCCAGAGGACCAGGAGAGCACCCACCCACAUGUCUGUUCUCUGUGUAUGUUUGUGUGUCUGUGUGUGCGUGAGUGUUUGUUCUUCUCUUGAGGUGCAGUCAAACCUAAUAUGCAAUUAGAUCCCAUUCCUCCAUCUCCUGGUAGUGCUUAACAUGUAGAGGCGGAUUGCUCUGCAAGGUCACUCAGAUGAAGUGUGGCAUCCCAAACAAACACUAGCAAUCUGGCCAUCUCUAAACCAUUCAACCCUUUAAAACCAUGUCGACAUAAUGAUAUAACCGACGUCUAAGAGCAUGGAAGUCUCUGCAUCCUCACCCGUCUUUCUCUUCAUAUCACUCAAUAUAAAAGUCAUAUCAUGUUUGAAUCAGUUGUGGGUGACCUUGUAGAGGAACAUACAGCCUUCCCAAAAGAAUGAUCAAAGAGUUUCUUUGUUUGUUUUUCUUUUAAAUUAUAUUUUCUUUCUUUUUCGUUUUUAAUUGUCCGUUAGUUAGCCUAGAAUUUUUAUGAAGGAACCACACAAGGGAAAAAUAGAACUUUUGCUUAAGAGUGCAAUGCUUGUGUACGACAGUACAAUCCGAAAAUUUUGGAAAAGGGUCACAAAGAUGUUAAUUCCAGAGUGUACUUUAAAUGUACGGCCUCGAAUUGUUUGGCAUUUUAAGAUAAUUUGGUAAUGCUGCUGAAUACAUCGGCAUGUCUCCUUCCAAAGGAGAGCGAUGUUCGGGUCGGCGUUCGUAACAUUGAUUUGUUCUUAAUGCUGACUUCAUGUUUUAAAGAUGCUAAAUAAGUGUUUGUUUAAGCUAGAAUGUUUCUAAGCAUAUAACUUAUGACCAAAGUUGAUCAACACUAUUAUGGCUAUAAAUUAUUUAUUUGAGAUGAACUGUACUGUAUAGAGAAAAGACAAUAGAUCUCGAUAUACCUCGUCAACUCGUUUAGCAGCUGCUUCAUCUUCACCUGGGGGUCCGUUGGCCUGACGUUCUCUCUCCGUAGGGUAGUGACUGACUGAGGCCUUGUUUAUUUCUAGAUGAAGGCUUUCCUAGUAAUAUCUGCCAACAACACCUCAUCAAAGCAUCAUAUAUCUGAGCACAUAAAUGAACAAGCCAUUUCAAUUUAUUUCCCAUCUAUUUAACAGUGUUUGUUUUCUUGGAAAAGAUUUUCCAAAUUUGAAAGGCCUAAUUAUCGAAAGGGAGCAAUCAGUUUUGGUUUUUAGGCACUCGUGACGUUUUUUUGUUGUUGUUUGUGUUCUCUGAAGUUGAUCCGGCCAUCAGCUUUGUGGUUUUUAACAAACUCGCACUCAAAGAGUAUUUCUUGAGUCUUAAACAUCUAAUAGCUUAUCUCUCAACUUCUCGGUGGUCGUCUCUGAUCGAUUAGAACAGUUAAAGAGUAAUGUCUGCUAUUUUUAUUGGGCAGUUUUCAAGCAAUAUUUUCUUUUGGCCUUUUUUUUUUUGUUUGUUUUUUGUUUUGUUUAACGUUUUUGAAUAGACAAUCACUGUCACAAGGGCUUUUGUUUCCCUGGAAUGUGUUUCGUUUUUUUAUUAUUUCAUGAAAAAAUUACCUAAAGACUAAACGAAUGGCUGUGUGUGUGCCGGGCAUUUUACUGUCAGUGUCAACACAAAUGCACUGGAUUGCCUUUAUGGCAUCUCAUGAAAUGCCUUUUGACCCAUGCCUUCUGUAACACAUCAUUUCAGUUGGAUUGCAUAAUGGCAGAAUAAGAUGAGCCCUGAGACAGAUUAUCUUUCCACCCAUUUGAGAGCAACAGCAUUGAACAACAGUUGCACCCAUCGUAUCUUGUGUAGGGGGGGGGGGCAUAUCUUUAUAUGUCCCGGCAUUAUCAAUGACCAGGAAGUUGAUAUCCCUUGUAGAGGCAGAUAGGGCUAAGAGGAAAAUGAGAGGGAUCUUUGCUUCGGCCAAUACCUGUUUAGAUUUCAGGAAUAGCAGAAAUCCAAAUAUGUGCUUUUUUGGUGUUCAUAUUGUUGUCUCGUCAUCCCAUUUCUGGUACUAAAGAUGAUUGUAUCGGACCACUAGAUCUGUUUGUGACUUUUAGAUGUUAUAUCUAUGCUAUUUUUAUUUUAUUUUAUGUUGUGUUUUUUUUUUUUUUUUUUUAGACCAUUUGCUGGUGGUUAAAUUACACUGAGUCGGAUUGUUAUCCUCGGUGUGAUAACUUCAUAUCCGUUGGUAAUGAAGUGGCACAAUUGCACACAUUAGUUGACUGGAUGAGCGAUGAGGACCUAGACUGGCAGAUGUCGUUAAAUACCCCUGCGAAAAAUCUUGAAUUUUACAUAAUUAACUGAAACUGACGAAGUCCAUUUCAGAGCGGUGAUUUCUCAGUCGGUGUCAUAGUUUCAUAAGUUUGUGUUUCAAUAGACCUCCAUAACUGACUGAAAUGAAAUGGAGCUACUGUAAUUGAUGAUCCCCAGCCUUUUGUUCUCUUGAUCAAUUUAUAAUUUACAUGAGAAAAGUUCUAUUAUUAUUGUUAUUAACAUUAGGGAAAGGUACAAAAUGUUUUGUAAUCUCAGGAUCUGUGCUGAAAUAGCAGCUGGCAGAAUAUAUUAAUCCAAUCAGAUCUCAGCAGGAUGAUUAUGUCUACAUUUUUUAUUUUCUGGAUGGGAUGUUCCAUAGUUUAAUUCCUUUUUAACCUUAAUCCCACAGCACUUAAUUAGAUAGUCAAGCACGCACUUUAGUACGUUCAGGUUCAAAGUGUGCAAAAUGGAGCAGAUGUAAUGUAUGUACUUAUGUUUACAUGCAAGUGUGUUGCUGCUGAAUACAGGCAGGUAGGGUGACGAGAGACAAGCAAAGGCUGCAAUGAAAUAGUACUCUAAUAAUGCAUUAUUUAAAGUGUCUCUAAGUACUUUCCGCACAGUGUCCACAGCCCACUGACUUUUUUUUUUUGUGUGUGUUAU